UGUGUGUAACUGAAUAAAUGGGUAAGAGUCGGUGAGUGUAUGUGUUUCAUAUGCUGUAACACAGGAGUGAGACUGUGUGUGUUUAUUUUUGGCUCAGUGCGAGCGUGUCGAUGGCUGCCGAUGCGUCGCAAAGGAAAGCUCUGAGAUACCAGCAAACCCUGCUGUAUGGGGAAUAUCGGGAGCAGCUGGGUAAUAUUGCCAGACGGGAGGCCACACGUCUGUUGACUGAAAGGCAAUGGAAGAGGCAUGCCGGCAAUGCCAAGGCAACCAGGAGAGGCCAUGGCCGAGCACAUCAUGUCAGCCUGGAUGCGGGGCCCAUGACACCAGGUUUAAGCCCGUCCUCCUCUAUAAAGAAGCCACGUCCCUAUUCCAAAUGCCAGGACUGCCUGGCCCGGAUCCAGAGGUAUAUUGUGACAAAGUUGGGCGAGGACUGGAUCUUCCUGGUUCUUCUAGGUCUCACUAUGGCUCUGGUUAGCUGGAGCAUGGACUAUGCCAGUGCCAAGAGCCUACAAGCAUAUAAGUGGAUGUACGGAGAGCUGAAGGGGAAUGUGGCUCUGCAGUAUCUGGCCUGGGUCUCAUAUCCCAUCAUCCUCGUCGUGUUUGCAUCCCUCUUCUGUCAUCUGGUCUCUCCACAAGCUAUAGGCUCGGGGAUCCCUGAACUCAAGACCAUCCUCAGAGGUGUGGUGUUAAAGGAGUAUCUGACGCUCAAGGCGUUUGUGGCUAAAGUCAUCGGUCUUACAGCUGGGCUGGGCAGUGGUAUGCCCAUCGGGAAGGAGGGUCCUUUUGUGCAUAUUGCCAGUAUAUGUGCGGCAGUGCUGAGCAGGAUCAUGUCCAUCUUCACCGGUGUGUAUGAGAACCCCUAUGGUUACACAGACAUACUGACAGUAGGAUGUGCUGUUGGGGUGGGCUGCUGUUUUGGGACUCCCCUUGGAGGUGUGUUGUUCAGUAUUGAGGUCACGUCAACAUAUUUUGCUGUGAGGAAUUACUGGAGAGGAUAUUUCGCUGCCACAUUCAGUGCCUUCAUAUUCCGAGUACUGUCAGUGUGGAACAAAGAUUCUGUUACGAUAACAGCGCUGUUUCGUACAAACUUUCGUAUGGAUUUCCCCUUUGACCUUCAAGAACUGCCAGCUUUUGCCAUAAUCGGGAUCUCAUGUGGGUUUCUAGGGGCAUUCUUUGUCUAUCUGAACAGACAAGUUGUUCUGAUCAUGAGGAGACCAACGGCGCUUACACGAUUUCUCACAAAACACCGGUUGAUUUACCCUGGUGCAGUGACACUAAUUAUAGCCUCCUUCACAUUUCCUCCGGGCUUUGGCCAGUUCAUGGCUGGAGAGCUGAUGCCCAGAGAGUGCAUUAAUUCACUGUUUGAUAACUUCACGUGGACAAAGAUCUGGGGUUCACCAGCUCCACCUGGAUUGGGUCGCUCUGCUGCCUGGCUCCAUCCACAAGUCAGCGUCUUCGUCAUCCUUCUCCUCUUCUUCGUCAUGAAGUUCUGGAUGUCUGCUGUUUCUACUACAAUGCCGGUCCCUUCUGGAGCCUUCAUGCCUGUUUUUAUAUUGGGAGCAGCAUUCGGCCGUUUGGUGGGUGAGAUCAUGGCCACGCUGUUUCCGAACGGAAUUCUGUUUGAUGGGAUUGUGUACCAAAUCCUGCCUGGAGGCUAUGCAGUGAUAGGGGCAGCAGCCAUGACAGGAGCCGUCACACACACAGUUUCAACAGCAGUCAUCUGUUUUGAACUGACUGGUCAAAUCUCACACAUCCUGCCCAUGAUGGUGGCCGUGAUUCUCGCCAACAUGGUGGCACAGUGUCUACAGCCUUCUCUUUAUGACUCCAUUAUUCAAGUCAAAAAGCUGCCUUAUCUUCCAGAGCUCAGCUUUGGCCACAUCAGUAAAUAUAAUAUCUUUGUGGAGGACAUCAUGGUGAAGAAAAUAAAGUUUCUGUCACCUCAGUCCACUUACAGAGAGCUGAAAGAUCUCCUGGAGUCCACGUCUCUCAAAACCAUCCCGCUUGUUGACUCCAAAGAGUCAAUGAUUCUAUUGGGCUCCAUUGAGAGAUGUGAACUUCAGGCCGCCUUGGAUUGGUGCCUCUCAGCCGAGAGGCGGGUUUAUAUCCGAUGUGAGGGCGUGUCCAGCCCGGGGUCACAGGUCAACUGGGAGUCCUUCGCCUUUGUGGAUGAGGAGGUUGGAGAGGAGAAUGGAGACAAGGGUAACACCGUCUCUGAAGAGUGUAACGGCCCACUGGGGUCCACCAAAACCACAGACGUCUCCUCUAAUCACACCACAUCUGGUGCCCUACAGUCUAUGAGGAGGACUCUUCGUCGUCUUUUCUCCUCAUCUUCCUCAUCAGGGCAGACUGAGCCGGAGAGCCCUGCAGCUCCUCCUGUAGUUGAUAACAUGACUUCUGAAGAGAUCAAGGCAUGGGAAGAGGAAGAGCUGGAUAAGCCCAUUGACAUUGAUCAGAUCCGUGUUGACCCUUCACCUUUUCAGCUGGUGGAGAGAACAUCUUUGCAUAAGACUCACACCCUGUUCUCUCUGCUGGGUCUCAGUCAUGCGUAUGUAACUAGUAUUGGUAAACUGGUUGGGGUGGUCGCACUAAAAGAGCUCCAGAAAGCAAUCGAGGGUUCGACUCGUAGCGGAGUGCGACUGCGUCCUCCUCUGGCCAGUUUCAGAGACGCGAGACGCAAGGCCAAAAAGCCUUCUCAUUCCCCUUCCGUCCCAUCCUCUCCCACACGGGACAGAGAGCUGUGGAGCGAGGGAGUGAAAAGAGAAACUAAAGAUGAGUCCGCUGAUAGUUGUAUCCAGACAGACGUCAAAGAGUGUGAUAUAGCCACAGGCAACAGCAGCAGAAGUACCGUCAGCACCUCUCAGGAGCAUCUGCCUUCCCCUUCUUCUUCCACAGCCCCUCUCUCCUCUCGUCAUUCUGUGCCUGAAGGAGAGGUGGAUGCUGAUAGAGAGAGUGAUGAGGAGCCUUUAUAGGCCUAUUGUUUGUCAUUUUCUCAAAUUCAGCCCUCCAGGGGGAGGCAAACCAUAUUAUGGUGCCGACUUUGGGCCCAGCACGAGAGCUGCACCUUCAGACUUGUUGAUUGAUUUUCUACUCUCUACUCUACUUUACAGAACUCUCUAUACUCUUUCUUUCUAGAUGUUUUUUUCACUUGUUGUCUAUUCAUUUGUACAUAAGGACAGGUGGUCUGACAUCUCACUGAAUGUCUUCUUUGCUAGUCGAUCCCCGUGUUUGUCUGCUGUACCUGAUAUUAUAUCUGUAAAAAUGUUUGUAAAAAUGAAAGAUUUGUUAACAAGCUA